AAGUCCAAGAAGACAAAAUUUUGUUGAUUUGUGCUGCAGGCAUUAUGCAUGACCGUAGUUACUGACGUUCGCGUUACUGCAGUAGUCACUGUACGACUUGGGAGUCUGUGCUUGUUUGGUUUAACGUUUUCACCUUUCCGAAAUUCAUUUUUUCAAGAAGAAGAAGCUGGCAGAUCAUGUUGGGAGUGGAAAAUUCUGAGGUUCAGCCUCUGCAAGUGCAGCCUUUACUGCUGGACAGUGAUCUGUUUGAUGCAGAAGAUAGCGAUUCCGAUGCUGACUACGCAAGGAGGUCUCCCACACCGCCCCUUCAGGGAGUUGCUUCACCACAGUCUGAUAGACGUACCUCCCCGAUCCACGAGGACAGCCCUCGCCAUCAAGAUGAUGAAGACAGAGCAUCGUCUCAUUCCGACGACGAAGAAAAUGAACCUGACAUCCACCGGCAGAAAUCACCUAUCAGCAAAAGUAAAAGAGCAAAGUCUUCCAUAGCUCAGUCAAGAAAUCGCAGGGUUCCAAAGACUGACAUCAAAAAAAUCCACAGUGAGAGCCAACGCCUAAUCAGAGAGUCUGAUUUGAGUCUUCCCUACCAUAAGCCUAAGCCGCUGUCCCUGAAUGACUUUUUCAGCAAGAAGCCUUCAAACUCUGGCAUGCUGUCAGUGAAACCACUCAAAGGCCUUUCCAAAUGUCGGCAGAUGGCCUCUCUUGUACAAAAGCAAAACAGUGCAGUGCCCGUCGUACUGAAUGAAAGUACAGCUCGUUCACAGGUCUCAUCAAAAACCAGUGCUCAGUCAAAUCUGCAUGGCCCACUCUCACAAAGUACAUGUACCAAUAUUAUUAUUGAUGCGGGGAACUUUCCUGAUGGAGGAAAGGAGAUCUCUCCUCUUGAGAAGAAGGUCCUAUCUGAUGUAAAUACUUCAAUUGAAGAGUUAGGGGAAGAUUGUCAUGUGGAAGAGGAAAGUAAAGUUCAUUCACCAGUUAAGGAUUUAUCUGACAGGAAUAAAAAGACAGACACUGUCAUGGGUGAAACUAUGAUUGCGGAAAUCGACACUGAAGUAAAGGAUACACUGAAGCCACAAGAUAGAAACCUUUCUGAUAUGGAUGCUCAAAGUUUCACUUGCAUAUCGCCAAAAACAAUCGGACCUUUUGAAGAUGAAAUGAAGGGAGAUGGCAUUUUAAGACAAGAAGAUGAAAAUAAGGGAAGGAUGCAGUCUUCUGUCAACCUUGAUGAGGAAGAAAACCACUUGCAUUUUCACGAUGCAACCAUCCCGGUAGCAACUUCUGCAGUGCAAGAGGACGAUGCUAACAUCAGCAUCACACCUUCAUCGACUGCAGACAGGGAGCCUGCCUCAUCCCAAACCCCCAUCUUCACCCAGUCCCACAGACAGAAGCUCCUGGAGGCCAGCCUCUCCAAAGUCAAGACCUUGACGCCAAGACUCAGCGGGGAGGAAGAGUCGGUGAUUGAUCUGGAUGAUGCCGACAGUGACUCUGAGGCUGGCUUUGCGACACCGUGCAACCCAGGUCUGAAUCGCCUGAUGGAGAGGUUUGUCAGACACACAGCAAGGAGUACACCCAGGCCACAAAAGGAGGUUAAACUCAGUGUUGUAAGCAAGGAGACGGGAGGAGACGGCCAAGAGAAUCUCAAACUGGAGACAGUGGCUGUGACCAUUGAAGGAGAGGAUCAUGAAGACCCUAGCUUGAACGUGCCAGGAGCCAAACUGCUGAAGCUGAAGGAAGCUCUUCAGGAGAAGAUGCGAGCGAGGCGAGAAGUGGAACGCCAACGGCGGAAGGAGGCCUAUCGUCUUGACAACGAGGAUUACAACGAGGAGGAAGGUGAGAUGACCGACAAGAGUGACACGGAUGAUGAUAGUGAUGGCGGCCUCCGAGAUGACCAGAGUGACGUUGACCUCCGAGAUGACCGGAGUGACUGUGACCUCCGAGAUACCAGGAAGGAAAAGAAGAUCAAAAAAAGUCAGUUUAUAAACCAUGAAGCAGAUGUGGACGACGAUGAUGAGGAUUACGAACCAGGAGAAGACGGUGACGAAUACGACAAUGAUAGUGACACAGACAGCAGCAGACGUGACAGUGACGCCAGUGACGCCGAAGACAGGGAAAUGCGACACGAUGAUGCGGAAAACCUUCGAGUCUAUUCUGCUGAAACUGAUGACGAAGAUACAAGCGAUGACCAAGAAGAAGACAAAAUUAAAAGGGCAUCAACCAGCAAGGCGAAGAAGAAAACAAUGAUUCUCGAUGAUGAUGACGAUGAUGAUGGUGAUGGUAGAGAUGAUGUUGCUAGGAUGGAGGAGACGUCAAGUGGUCCGACCUUGGAGCUGCAUCUUGAUGCUGACGAUGAAGAAGAGCAAGAAGAGAAGACGGACCAAGACCGUGAUGAUUCCCUGAUGCAAAUUCCAGCCAAACAUUUAGGACUCACCCUGGGGUCAGAAGUAAACAGCCCAGGUAGCUCCAAAUACCCAAACUCCAACACUACCUCCCCAAGAGUUCCACCGCUAACAGAGUCCGGCAACAGUCAAGAGAGCACUACAGACAGCUACGACAUCGACAAGCUGGGUGAGGCCAUCAUGCAGCAGGCUGGGUCACCCAGGAAGGCUCAUCUGACCCUUGAGGAGAAGACGAGGGACCUUUUUGAGUCCACCAGCAACACUGAAGGAGGAACCACCGGGAGUAACGAGACUGACAAGGCUAGCGAAUCCUUCACUGGACGGACAAGUUUCAGCUGGAGUGCUAUCAAGAAACCCCAAGGGGCAACACAAGAAGACUCAAAUCGUGAAUUACCCAAGCAGGUGGAUACCAGCUCCAAUAGCCUGGACACCAGCUUUGAGCUGAUCGGGUCUGUCAUCCCCGCCCACCAACCGGGAGGUGGAUUGAGAAGAAACAGCCGCAAGGCAUCUGAAGAAGCCCAGGAGGCCUUCAAGCCAUUCUCAAAACACCGGUCUUUGCUCCAGAAUGCAUCGAAAAGUUCUUUCAGAUUGUCCGAGCUGACUCUUCCCAUCGAGGACUCCCAGGAUCUCUUCCGGGUGGACACCCCCUCCCUAACCGUUGCCAUGGAAACCCAGCCGGGGGCCGAAACGCAAAGCUUCCGGUUCUCCUACGAGGAGGACGAAACCCAGACACAGUUCCUUGAUGAGAAUGGGUUUUUGAAGCUGCGCUCUGCCAGUAAGCCAAAGCCCUCCACCAAGAGGCUAUUUGAAGUUGAGAACGGAAGUCAGGAGGAUCUGGAUGAAUUGCUUGGCCUGUGCUCAGGGAAAUUCACUGGUGCCCCCGAGAGUUCCAGUAAGAUCAGGAAGGGUCUCUUCUCUCAGCUGAGUAGUCAGCGAGUUGAGGCUACCCAGGGUAACAUGGACGAGUUACUGGGUCUCUGCUCAGGCACAUUUGCAAGUCAAAGAGAUACCCAGGCAAAGACAACGCAGCCCAUCCAGAAUGGUGCAGACACCCACAGCGAAUCGUCCUUCCACAUUGUGUCUGACAAUGAGGGUAACCAUGGUAACCAAGACAGCCAGCCAGCCCUUAGUGAUGGUGAAGACAGCAGACCCAAGAAGAGAAAGAGGAUCCGGGUGAUGGAAGAUGAGGAUAGCGGUGAGGACGAUGAUGGAGGAGAUGAUGCAGAGGAGACGGCAGAAGACGAGGAUGGAGACGAAGUUUUCGACUCAGAAGAUGAGUUGAGCUUCCUGCUUCAGCAGGAGGGACGGCAAGAAAAGAAGACUUUCCCUGGAAAAUCACAAAAAGGGCAUGCUCUCAGCAAAAUUUCUAAAGACUUCUUUGAGGAGGAGGCAGAGCUGUCGGGGAGCGAGUUUGGGUCCGAUGAAGACUACGAUGCGGAAGACAUGCCCGAUGAACUGGAGCAAAAUGAAGCAGACAAGGAGAACAUCGGAACGGAAGAGGAACUCAGGGAGCAGGUCAACAAAGUCCACAUGAAGACAAUGGACGAUGACGACGCCAGACGACUGCGUCUGUACAAGGAGAUUUACCUUCCAGACGGUGACCUGUACUCGGAUGGCAAAGGUCGAACAAGGCAGUUCCGAUGGAGACAUGUCGGUGAUGACUUUCAGUUGGACCUGUUUCCUGGCAACUCAGACGACGAAGGAGACGAGGCAAAAGACGAAGACACGCAGUGGCGGUUGGAACGUUUCCAGAGAGAACAAUGGCUGAAUGAGCAAAAGGAAAAGCAAACAGCAAAGGACACUGUUGAUGACGAAAACGACAUAGCAGAAGAGAACAGCCAAUUUGACCUCCUUAUGAAGACCGCCAUCAACAAAAAGAAAAAAGACCAGAUGCCCAUGAACAGUGACGCCGGCAAAACUGUUCAGAAGGAUAACGAGAAGCGAUUCAACUCACCCAAGCCAGUCAAAUUCCGUCACGGCUCGUUCCUGAGGCGCAGCAAGGAAGACCGGGCUAAGAUAGCGUCCAUGGUGAAACUUACUACGGGUAAUCCCACCUCCUCCAGGGGUUCUCGCAAUGUCCUCUAUCAGUCCAUCACACCCACCGCUGAUGAAGAUGAAGACAAGAACCCACAGUUGCGACGUUCAGUCAGUGACACUCCAACACUUCGAGCACCCAAGGCCAAGCGACCCAGGCUAGACAGGAGUCAAAGCCUAGCCCAGCCAAGUAGCAUCUUUAAUCACAUGUGAUCAACGUGGCUUUGGAUUCGACGAGAUUGGUCCCUUCCUAUCGGUUAGGAGCCAAAAGUAGAAAGUCCAGUGUGCUGACCACAGUGCCUCAGCAGCAUCCAUUAUUGUCGUGUUCCAUGAAUACUACCAAUACUACCACUGAGCAAGUGCAAAAUGUAUAAAAGCGGUGCCAGUCUGUCAGACAAGUCUCACACUGACCAACAAAUUAUAACUUUUAAAGGAAGUUUUGUACAAUACAUUAACCUGUGAAAGAAUUGAUCAAAGUCAAAGUGUGGUACUCAGAUAUCAACUGAGGGCACAUUUAUUUUUGCAUGAUCAAGAUUUCUCUUUAUUUAAAUUCAUGUACUUGGGAGUUUCAGAGGUGACAGUUGGCUCAAGUCCCUAAAAUUGCACUUGAAAAAUCUAAAGUGAGGAAAAGUACCUAGAAGAUUGUAGCCACAAAAAACCUAGUUAUUGCAUUUCACACAUAGAUUUGUGAUUUUUCAGUGGGUUCUGUAUUCCUCAUAAAAAUGUAUACACCUUAAUUCAUUUUAACAUGCCUUUUAAUGUAAUGAAAUGGUGCUUCUUUGUGCUGUUUGUGGGGGGUUAUAGGUUUAAAUGUAGAAAAAGUAUCUAAAUAUUUACAUGCACCUUCAUUUCCAAUCCCUUUGUAAAGAAGACAUAUUCCAAGUUUUGUAAAAUUUUUGAGACUUUUUCUGUUUCUUGUUACUAAAAUUGUUUAGUCAAAAAUUUCAGAAAGUUUAAUUUGUUUAUAUAUGCAAUAUAGUCUUAUAGACUAAGGGUGGUUUUCAUGACAAUAA